AGUUGGCGGACCAAAAAUUAAUUACGCAUGCGCCCUACAUGUCGCAACAUGUGACAAACACUGGUGGCAACAUGGCGUCGAAAGAAGCAUCCGGGACGACAUGUACAAAAAGCAGAGGAAAAUUAUUGCCAGACGAGACUACGCGUUGUCUGAUCCAACUGUGGAGUGAAGAAAGCAUUCAAAUAUCCUUAGAUGUUUGUAAAACCUCUCGGCAAAGCUCUAAUGUUUAUAAAAAAUUGCUGGUGAGUGGUUGCUGUUUACAAUUUUUUAUACUUUGUACAUAUUUUAUCAGAACUAUCAUUGAUUUCUCAAACGUAAUUUUAACAUCAUGAUAAUACCUAAGCACUAGACGUGUUUUUAACAGCACCAAUUGGAAGGCAAAGGAUUUACGGGAUACACUUUAAAGGAAAUUAUCAACAAAAUAAAAAAGCUUCGGCAAAAAUACAAGCAGGAAAAAGAUAAGGCACGCAAAACAGGCAAUGGUGCAUCUAGGAGGUGGAAAUUCUUUGAAGAGAUUGACAGAUUUUUGAUGAAUCGUCACAAUGUCAGCCCACCAGCCGUGAUUGAUACAAUGGCAGAAGGCACACUUGAAACUGGAGGGGAAACUGAGGUCAUGGGUAAUGACGAAUUGGAUCAAAGUAUUAAGUGAAAAAAGUAAACUCCUCUCAUGCUCAUUCAUGUAAACAUCCUCAGUGUGCCUUGUUUUUCUACAAAAUCAGGUUUUCCAUUUAUUUUGUAUACAAGUUUUUAUGUUGGAGCAAUUGGAGAAGUAAAGGAAAACAAAUCUUUGCAUUGUUGACUUACAGUAUUCAAAUGAGCAAUUGAAUACCCUGAUGUUUUUAGUAAAUAUUUUUAUUGCCAUAUCAUAUAUUUUCCUUUUAUUUUUAAAGUUACUAAUUUGAUUGAAAAAUAUGGUGCCGGGGAGACCAGCCUUCGCAAGUUUAAUACAUGCAGUUACGAACAAGAAAUCAGAUCAGAAGGAACCCAUGUGUCUGAGGGUGGAUCUGUCAUGGUAUUUUAUGACGAAGACCAGUUUAAUUGUCCAAAUUGUAAUGAACUUGAUGCAUCCAAAUGCAGUGGCAAUGGAAGUGAUAAAGGCGAUGAUAGUGGUGAUGAUUAUCCAAAGAAAAAUUGUGGACUUGAUCAGUCUAAAGACAAGAGUGAAUCUGAUGAGUCUAAAGAUGAGAGUAAAUCUGAUCAGUCCAAAGAUGAGAGUAAAUCUGAUCAGUUUAAUCAAAGCGAAGAGAAAACAUCAGUUAUACCUAAGAGAAAAAAGAAAAGCAAUGUUGAAAAAAGCCUAGAAUUUGUGUUUAAAAACUUCAAAGAAUCUGCUGCAGAUGAUUUUGACAGAUAUCAGAAACUUGAGGAAGAAAGAAUUAAAAAGGAGCAUGAAUUUCGAAUGCAAGAAAUGCAGUUAGAAAAUGAAAGGCGAAAAGAAGAGAGAGAACACGAGCUAUGCAUGAUGCGUAUGCUUUUGUCUGCACAACAACCUGGCAAUGGUACAACUGCAAAUCGAUGCAGUCCGUUUUCUAUGCCCAUCGUGUAUGGCCAACAACCUUGUUUUGAGGACACACACCCAACUGGUGAUUUUUCAACAUAUUAUAAACUUUAAUGUUGAUUUGUGGACUUCAUUGGAUCUGUAUUCACGUUGAAAAACUUCCAAUAUUGUUGACAUUUUUGUUGGUUGCUUACGUAUACAAGUU